AUGGCUCCUAAACAAGUGGAGUUGGAGGCAAAGAAGCUCAGGGUCUACACUGAUGGCACAGUUGACAGAGCUCCCCAGCCGGUCGCCAAUGCUUCUCCGACCACCGUCGACGGCGUGGCCAGCAAAGACGUCGCUAUCAACCUGAAGAACGGCGUCACCGGGAGACUGUACAAACCACAAGUCUGUGAUACGCUGACACCCACCAAGCUGCCUCUGCUGUUUUACUACCAUGGUGAUGGGUUCUGCACCGGCUCCUGCUCCCAAGUCCAGACCCACAAUUUCCUCCACUCCCUCUGCCUGAAAACUCGGACCCUCGUCAUCGCCGUGGACUACCGGCUGUCGCCGGAGCACCGCCUCCCCGCGCAGUACCAGACUGCAUGGACGCGCUGUACUGGGCCGCCAAGGGCGGGGAUGGCGACUGGGUGGCGAAGUACGGCAACCUGGCCGAGUGCUUCCUAUACGGGGAGAGCUCGGGCGGGACGAUCGCGCACCACGUCGGGGUCAGGGUCGCCGGCAUGA